UUCUUCUAUCACCACUGCCACACAUGCACGAUCGAAUUUACACUUUGGUGCGCUACCAGUAAGACAACGCAGUGCGUUUUCAACAUCUUUCUUUAAACAAGUUCCUCACAGAGCUGUUCCCUCUGUGUACAUUCUGUCAGAUAAGAUAAUGCAACUUUAAAGAAGAAGUAAGUUCUUUUAAAUCCUCUUCUCUCUGCUUUCCUUAUGUGUAUUUUAAUGCUGACCCUGUCAUGUGUGUAGUUGCUAAGUAGGUAAGGCAGGAUCAAGCAUGAGUCCAACACAUACCAAAAUAAAUUUCUCAGUCCAAAAAUGGUCGUUUUAAAAAAGGUUUAGUGAAAAUUCAAAGCAAACAGUUCACACAAAAAUAGAGAUAAAAGUUUUUACACACGCAGAGUAAAAGGCAACAAUGAAAAAAAAAUGUUUCUUCUUUAUACUUAAUCUUUUGUUGUUUAACUUCAGUUGUCUCCUAUACUUAAAGAUGAGUUAUUUCCUUAUGUCUUACUUAAUACAUUCAGUACAUUCUAUACAUAAGAUGCUGCACAUUCAAUAGUGCAUGUUACGUUACAUACAACUGGGCACAGUUUGAAACUGUGUGCCCUCCAUGCCUUACUUACGGCAAGGCAGGUCACUAACUGAGACUAAUCUGUAGUCAGAAGGACAAGAAACAGUUAGAAUAUUCCAUUUCAGUUCAGCUUGCGGGGUUAUAAUGAGACCUCCCAUAGACUAUGCACUAAUAUAUAGGCAAACAUUUAACAUAACUAAGAAAAUACUUCUAUCAACUUAACAUAACCUAAUUGGCUCUUACAAUGUGAUUUAAAAACAUAUUUGAAAUGUGGGUUGCUAAAAUAAAAAAAGAAAAAAAAGAAAUUCCAUCUGGAUAAACUAGUGGCCUCAAGCAUGCUGGUAUUCCAGCUAAGACGCCAAGAAAGGCCAGGCUCAAUUAAACGUCUUCAUGCACACAUUCAUUCAAAAGCAUGUACCACCUAGUGGUGAAUGUGGAGUAUGGCUUUUGCUAUCCUGGAGUCAGCUGAAAGCAUUUGGUCACAUAUUAUUACCUGCCCCUAGACAUCUUUAUAAGUCUCAUGAAUGAACAGCUGUAGAGCACUGCUGCCAUGUUAAAAAAAAAUAAAAUCCUUUUGCCCUUGAGUGACUUAAUACUCUGUGUUCUCUAACACUUUUCACUGUUUAACUCAUUCCAGAUGUACACUUUCCAUAUAAAACUUUCUCUCCCUUUUAUAUUUGCAGAGCAUUUUGGAAACCAUUAAAAGCUACAUAUUAGAGGUUUGCUUAAUUAACCAAACAGGGUAAUCAGCCCAUCCUGUUGUUGAUUGGAUCACUGAUGCCAAAAAACAUGACGCUCCUGCUUUUAUAGCACCUUUCUGAGGGAAUGCUUUCCUCAAGAUCUUUAGCGCAGAGAACAAGAUCAGUGCCUUCAAUAGCAGUGUGGUCUAAAGACUGAGGAGCUGGAGGCAGUUCAAGUAGUACCUCACUCUGUUAACCAGUGGAAAUAACUUCACCUGUCAUUUCCAACUUUUAGUAUUUAGGUUUGGUGCACAAAUAAUGAUAUCCAACAUAACAUGAAGUUCUCAAACCCACAUGUUCCAAUACAGAGGCAAUGGGGAUAGGCUUAAUCUCUUAUCACACUGCACAAAGCAGUAACCAUUCUCAGAUGCGACACCAUAGCUUACUAACACUGAGGUUCGGCCAAGUUAGAAUGGCAAGUCUGAGAGGACAUUGGGUGAAAACACUAGACAUACAAGUGAAGAACAUGCUAACUUGACACUAACAACAACCAGUAAGGAAUUUACAAUAUAGGGCACUGAAUCAGUGUGUAUGAAAAUGUCUACCGUGAAAGGUCUAAUACAGGAAGGAAGGUUUAUUAUCUGUUUAUAUGAUCAUCCAUUUUCCUUUUAAAGUCAGUGGGAGCAUACCAUGUAGUGAGAAAUGCAAGGCAACCACCAGUCAUAGUUAUUAUAAAACAAUUUUUGUUUCAAAAUUAGAUAUUCUGUUGUCAUAAUUUCAUAAAGAAAUAUUUUUUACAGUACUUUUCUCUUUCUGGGUAGUGUGAAUAAAUGGAUUUUAAAGUGCUGUUUAAAUCAUUCUCUGCAGGCAGAUUAUCACAGAAUAAACCAAGGACAGAAUUCAGUAUAAAAUGAUGGCAGAAAAUGAAAGCCAAAUGCACCUUUUUCUGGUUGCCGUAGGUUCUACUUGGGAUUAUUUAACAAGAAGAGGAUUAAAAUGAGAGUAAUCUGUGGCAAAAAAAAGCGCAUCGCUAUUAACAUUUCCCUUCAGCUCAUGAUAGCAAGUAGGGACAUUAGAGAAAUAGAGAGAAUGAUUCAAAGCACUUGACGGGAGUGUGAUCUUUGCUUGACCUUAAACUGAAUUCUGAACUGAGGGCUUGGCCAAUAAAUAAAUAAAUAACUGAUAGAAAUAAAAAGAAGCGGUACGUCUCAUCCUACGCCUGUCAACAAUGAAAAAUUGUCAGGAAUCAGACAAACAGCUUCAGUGAAGAGAUUGUUUCCGGGACUGAAAGCUUUUCCAACAGCUGUUUGCUUUGGCCACUGCUCAGGCCUCAUUUUUACCCAAAAAAGAAAAUCUAUUUUUUUUCUCUUCUAAAACAGAGCAGGAGGCAGCAUUUUCAGUGGUCAGGAAGACGUGUCUAUUUCCAGUGUUGUGGGCUCAGGGCCGUGUUUUGACAGUUGGAAUAUAGGCUUGUUUUUCAACUGAUUCAGUCUAUACACUUCACUGGAAUGCUGCUGGAGAGCUAGGAGCAAAGAAAAGAAAAGAAAAGAAAAAAAAACUUACGAGUUCUUUAAUCACAGGCAGCUUUAAGGCAGUUACCUUCCAGAAAAGUUCACGCCCCAGAGGAGUGUUUUAGCGUUUCAGAGAAACUCUGACUGAAUCGUCAGCUUUAGACUGUGGAGCAUGGAAAGAGAUUCUCACUUUCUCCGAGUCUCAGUCACUGAAGGCUGACCUGAAGAAUGACUGCUACUGCAUUUCUUUAAACAGCUGCAUUUUUUAUUGCAAUUCUCAGACAUCUGGAUACGCUGAAGUUCUGCUCUGGUGGUAGGAUUUGGUCUCUCUCAAGUUCGGCUCCCAUUAUUUAUUUAUUUUUUUCAAGUGGUCAUGCCAGUUGUGGGGGUCGCUUCAAAGCUGAGACAGCCAGCUGUAGGGUCAAAGCCUGUUCAUACAGCAAUUCCAAUUCCUAAUCUUGGCAGGACUCCUGUGUCACGUUCCUACUUGCCAAGGACUACUGAGCUUGGAGGGACAGACAAUUCAAUGCUCUCUUGUCAGCUGUCAUUAAAAUCAACCUGCAGCUUUCAGGAGCGACCGCCUGAAGGGAGAGCCAAGGAAACAGAAGAUAGUAAGAUUUACACAGAUUGGGCUAACCACUACCUUGCCAAGUCUGGUCACAAGAGACUGAUCAAGGACCUGCAACAGGAUAUUGCAGACGGAGUUCUACUGGCAGAAAUCAUCCAGAUCAUUGCUAAUGAAAAGGUGGAAGACAUCAAUGGCUGUCCCAGGAGUCAAUCUCAAAUGAUUGAGAAUGUCGAUGCCUGCCUUAGCUUUCUGGCAGCCAGGGGAGUGAACGUGCAGGGUCUGUCUGCAGAAGAAAUAAGGAAUGGGAAUUUAAAAGCCAUUUUGGGGCUUUUCUUCAGCUUGUCCCGUUACAAACAGCAGCAACAGCAGCAACAACAGUAUUAUCAGUCUCUGGUGGAGCUCCAGCAGCAGGUUGCCCAGCAGUCUUUGGGAGCAAGUUCAAGUAGUCAACAGAAGUCACAAGAAAUGCAGUCCAGUCUGACAGCCAGAUAUGCAACUCAGUCCAGUCACAGUGGAAUAGCAGUGAGUCAGAAAAAGAGUACUCGGCUUCCUGGACCCUCAAGGGUGCAAGCUGCGGGCAGCAGUACCAGCAAGGUUCAAGUAGCCUCCAACUUAAACAGGAGAAGUCAGAGCUUUAACAGCAUAGACAAAAACAAGCCUCUACAGUAUGCAGGCAGUACUGAUAAAGAAUCUGUAAAAGGAAUUCCACAGCCUGGUGGCAUCAGUGGAAAUGGACAGAUCUCCACCUCUGCUGGUCAACAGCUGCCCUCUGCUAUUCCUUCACCCACCACCAGCAAACCCUGGAGGAGCAAGUCAAUGAACAUCAAACACACAGCGACCUCUUCAAUGUUGUCUGUGAAACAGCCAAGCCCAGCCACCUCCCCUACGCCUUCCUCUGAACGCCUCAAACCCCCCUUUGCUGAGGUAGCCAAAGUAAUGAGCACUGGACAAAAGUCCAUGCUAGAAAAAUUUAAACUAAUCAACACAAGGAGUUCCCCCAGACCUGCUCUUUCACCAAGCUCAGGAUCCCUUGGAGAAGUUGGAGGAAGAGAGGAAGACACAUUAUCAGAAUGUGGGGAAACAGAAGGCUUUAGCAGUUAUCAAAAUAGUGGGGGUUCUGCAUGCAGCAGUCCUAAACAGUCACCCAAAGGCACAACUCCACCUGCAAAGUCCUGCAACAAAACCCUCAGCAAUAAGAAAUCUCUGCCACAAUCUAAAGAUAAGGAAGACAAAAGCAAAAACAAAAGCAAAGCUAGUACUCCAAGUAAAGAGGAAAAGGAGCUGCCUGCGGAAUCUUCAAAGAAAACCUCGAAAAUUGCCAGCUUGAUCCCAAAGGGUAGCAAAGCCCCAGUAGCAAAGAAAGAGAACCCUGUCCCUGCCUCCACUGGAAUACCUAAACCUGGACUGAAAGUGGCGACGCCAACAUCCACUGUAAAAACUAUAGGAAGUCCCACUGGAAAGGAUUCUGAAAAAUUACGGACACCUAAAGGAAGUCAGAUGCUUAAUGUUCAGAAAUCCCCUAUUGACGGCAAGAUCCCUGGUAGCUUUGCCUCUCCUGAGGGGAAACGGACGAGUAUGGUGUCAUCAACAAGCACUUCUGCACUUUCAGCCACAAUGUCAGCAGUAGGCAAUCAGCUAUCUGCAAACGGCAUUGUCCAGCUCCCUCAGCAGCAGCAGCAAUACAGUCAUCCAAACACGGCCACUGUAGCUCCUUUCAUGUACAGAACCUACUCAGAAAACGAUUGUACAGCUGUUGCUCCUACUGACCCCUGUCUCAGCCCCACAAAAGCAGAGCAGAUUUACAAUAAGACUGCCAAACAGUGCCUGGAGGAGAUAUCUGGUGAGGACCCUGAAACCAGAAGAAUGAGAACUGUAAAAAAUAUUGCAGACCUGCGACAGAAUCUUGAAGAAACAAUGUCUAGCCUUCGAGGGACUCAGAUUAGUCACAGCACAUUGGAAACAACAUUUGACAGCACAGUGACAACUGAAGUAAAUGGAAGGAGUAUACCAAGUUUGUCCAGCAGAUCAUGUCCCAUGGCCUGGAGACUGGGACAAUCAAGCCCCAGGCUGCAAGCUGGGGAUGCACCUUCUUUACCUAGUGGCUAUCCUCCACGGGCUAACACCAGCCGCUUCAUGAACACAGAUCCAUCACGUUAUAUGUAUACAACUCCAUUACGACGAACUGCGACAGGAGUACGUGCAGGCAAUCUUGCACAUAUGGAUGAGAAAAGUGGAGGAGAUCUUGACACUGGAGAAGUGGACGUAACUGGAUACAUGAGUGACGGUGACAUUCUCAGCAAGAAUUUAAGGGCAAAUGAAGUCAGCAGUGGGUACCUGACAGAUGGUGGUCUUAAUCUUUACUCACGCAAUGUGAAUCGUGUUCCAGAUCUUGUGGCAUCUCGUGAUGUAAUUCAGAGGGGGGUAAAUGAGGUGCCGGGAGAUGCAGACAGUUGGGAUGAUAGCAGCUCGGUUAGCAGUGGCCUUAGUGAUACACUGGACAAUAUUAGCACAGAUGACCUGAAUACUUCAUCAGUCAGCUCAUAUUCCAAUAUUGCAGCUUCACCAAGACGGGGAAAGAGCUCACAGCUGAAGACUGACACAGAGAAGCACACAGUCCCAGACAAUGACAGUACAUGGCUGAACCCUGAAGAACUGAAAAAAGAAGAAGAAUUUGACAGCAAUAUGGAUUCCAGCAAAAACUGGAAGAGCACAUCCACAAACCUUUAUGAUGACUUAGAGAAAGGAGGCCAGAAAACAGGAUUGCCAGUAUCACACACAGGGUCAUGGAGAAGAGGAAUGACGGCUCAAAUUGGAAUAACUCCACCAAGAACUAAAGCUUCAACUGGAUCUCUUAAAACUCCAGGGAAAACAGAUGAUGCCAAGGCUUCAGAAAAAGUUAAAACCCCUUCAAAAAGCACAGACUUACAGCGGUCACCCUCUGAUGCUGGAAAAAGCAGUGGGGAUGAAGGAAAAAAACCACCAUCAGGUAUUGCAAGGCCACCCACCACCGGAUCUUUUGGUUUUAAGAAGACUGGUACAGGGUCUGCUUCUUUGAUUACAGCUAGUGGGGCAACUGUGACAAGUGGUUCAGCCACCCUUGGGAAGAUCCCAAAGUCUUCUGCAAUCUCUGGAAAAACAAGUGGAGGACGUAAAACAAGCUUAGAUGGCUCUCAAAACCAGGACGAUGGCGUUUUACUGAUCAGCUCCAAAACCCCUCUACAGUAUCGCAGCUUGCCUCGUCCUGACAAGUCCAGCACAAGUGGCAUUGUGGGCAGAGGAGGACACAGAUCAAGUUCUAGUAGUAUUGACUCGAACGUCAGCAGUAAGUCAGCUGGCACGCCCAGUAAUAAACGUAGAGAGACUAACAAAAUCAGUUCUGGAAGAUCAAGUCCUGUCACCAUCAAUCAGACAGAUAAAGAGAAAGAGAAAGUAACUGUUUCAGAUUCAGAAAGCGUUUCAUUGUCUAGUUCUCCUAAAUCUAGUCCUACAUCAACCAGCCAGACUGGCUUGAGGCAGCCGGGUUCAAAGUACCCUGAUAUUGCAUCUCCCACCUUCCGCAGAUUAUUUGGCACAAAAGCAAGUGGAAAGCCCAGCUCCUCAGCCAGUCCCGAAUCUGUGAAAAGUUCAUCAGUGAUUAGCAACUCUCAUGCUACAUUGGCUCGGCAGGGCAGUCUCGAUUCUCCCUCUUCUGGCACUGGUAGUAUGGGCAGUGCAACGGGGCAGAGUGGAGGAAGCAGCCCACUCUUCACCAAAGCUCCAGACCUGACCACUGAUGUAGUCAGUCUAAGCCACUCUCUGGCUUCUAGCCCUGCAUCUGCCCAUUCUCAUACAUCAGGAGGCAAGCAGUGGUCUGCAAACCUUAGUAGCUCAUCAGCUGGCAGCAAAGACACCUUAAGUUACCAGUCUCUUACCAGCCUACACACAAGCUCUGAGUCUAUCGAUCUCCCUGUCAGCCACCACAGUUCCCUAACUGGCCUUACCAGCACUCCAAAAGAGGUGCACAGUCUGCUCAUGAGAACUAGCAGCGUCAAGUCGACGUUGUCCGAGGGCAUGCAGCUUGACAGAAACACACUUCCCAGAAAAGGACUAAGGUAUACACCAUCCUCUCGGCAGACCUCACAGGAGGAAGGAAAAGAGUGGCUGCGCUCUCAUUCUACUGGUGGUCUUCAGGACACUGGCAAUCAAUCUCCCCUGGCAUCACCCUCUGCUAUGUCCACCAGCGCAACCGGAAAGUAUCACUAUUCCAAUCUAGUAAGCCCAACAAAUUUAUCACAAUUUAAUCUCCCUGGACCAAGUAUGAUGCGCUCCAAUAGUAUUCCAGCCCAGGAGUCAUCUUUGACUUAUAUGGAGAGUCUCAAUGUCCUUUGUGGCAGUGCCAUGUCCCUAGAGGAACAGCCAAGGGGCAUGAGCCGAUCAAGGUCAUUCAGGGACAGCAUGGAAGAGGUACAUGGAUCUUCAUUGUCUUUAGUUUCUAGUACCUCUUCUCUCUACUCAGCUGCUGAAGAGAAGGCACAUUCAGAGCAAAUAAGAAAACUAAGAAGAGAACUUGAUGCCUCUCAGGAAAAAGUUGCCACAUUAACAUCUCAGCUGUCAUCCAAUGCACAUCUGGUCGCUGCUUUUGAAAAGAGCCUUAGCAACAUGACCUUUCGUUUACAAAGCUUGACAAUGACAGCUGAGCAAAAGGAAUCUGAACUUGCAGAGCUCAGAGAAACGAUUGAAGCACUGAAGAUGCAGAACACCAGUGCACAAGCAGCCAUCCAAGUAGCACUCAAUGGGCCUGACCAUAUACAUAAAGAUCUCCAAAUCAGACGGCAGCAUUCAUCGGAUAGCGUGUCCAGUAUCAACAGUGCUACCAGUCACUCAAGCAUUGGUAGUGCAACUGAUGCAGAUGCUAAGAAGAAGAAGAAAAAGAGCUGGGUUGCUGAUUCGAUUCCAGCUCAGCUGAGAAGCUCAUUCAAACAAGCAUUCAGUAAAAAGAAGUCAGCCAAACCACCUUCUCCCCACUCGGAUAUUGAAGAGCUCACAGACUCUUCACUGCCAUCGUCUCCAAAGCUUUCCCAUUGUGCAAAACAGGCCAGUGUUUCUUCAAUAAAGCCAUCUCAGUCAGCAUCUGAUCUAUGUGAAUGCACAGAGGCAGAAGCUGAAAUUAUCCUUCAGUUAAAAAAUGAGCUGCGUGAGAAGGAGCUAAAGCUAACUGACAUCCGUUUGGAAGCAUUGAGUUCUGCACACCAUCUUGACCAAAUUAGAGAGGCCAUGAACCGGAUGCAGAAUGAAAUUGAACUCCUGAAAGCAGAGAACGAUAGCCUAAAGUCAAGUGGGAGCACUUCUCAAGCCACUGCUACUGCUAGCAAAACAUGCCGCCCUCCAUCAGAGACAUCUAGCACAUCCUCCUCAUCUCCUUCCAGACAGUCAUUGGGUUUAUCUCUUAACAAUCUCAACAUUACGGACACCAUCAUGUCAGAUAUUCUUUUGGAUGAUGGCUAUGAAGGAACUUUGCGCAAAGAAGGUCGGAGUGUUAAAAUUGUGGUUGCGAUCAACAACUGUUUAAAUAAAACAAAGGUCAUAAAGCGUCAGGAAUAUCUCAUAGGAUCAUUAGGUGUCAGUGGAAAGACAAAGUGGGAUGUACUAGAUUGUGUAAUCCGACGCUUAUUCAAGGAGUACAUUUUUCGUGUGGACCCUCUAACAAGCUUGGGUUUGAAUUCAGACAGUAUUCUGAACUACAGAAUAGGAGAUGUUAUCAGAUCCCAUAAUUCAGAAGUACCUGAAUUGCUGCCGUGUGGGUACCUGGUUGGAGAUAAUAAUUUUAUCACUGUGAUUUUGAAAGGUGUUGAAGAUGAUAGUAUCGAUAGCUUGGUGUUUGACACUUUAAUCCCAAAAACAAUUAUUCAGCGUUACCUUAACCUCUUAAUGGAACACAGAAGAAUAAUUCUGUCUGGUCCAAGUGGAACUGGAAAAACAUACUUGGCAAACAAGCUUGCAGAAUUUAUAGUAUGCAGCUCUAGGAAGGAAAUCACUGAAGGAAGCAUAGCCAGCUUUAAUGUGGACCAGAAGAGUAGUAAGGAGUUAAGACAGUACCUAUCAAGUCUUGCAGACCAAUGCAACACGGAGGAAAAUGAAGCUGAAUUACCUAAAGUCGUAAUACUGGAUAACCUGCACCACAUUGGUUCAUUAAGUGAUAUAUUUAAUGGAUUCCUCAACUGUAAAUAUCACAAAUGUCCUUAUGUUAUUGGAACCAUGAAUCAGGCUGUUUUUUCACCCCCAAAUCUGGAGCUGCAUCACAACUUUAGAUGGGUUCUCUGUGCUAAUCACACCGAGCCAGUUAAGGGAUUCCUGAGUCGAUAUCUUAGAAGAAAACUAAUAGAGACCGAAAUUGAUAAGAACAUGCGGAAUAAUGACCUUGUCAAGAUUAUUGACUGGAUUCCUAAAACAUGGCAACACCUCAACAGUUUCUUGGAGGGUCAUAGUUCAUCUGAUGUUACCAUUGGUCCCAGACUAUUUUUAUCUUGUCCAAUGGAUGUAGAUGGCUCCAGAGUAUGGUUCACAGAUCUGUGGAAUUAUUCCCUAGUUCCAUACUUGCUUGAAGCAGUAAGAGAAGGACUGCAGCUUUAUGGUAAAAGAGCUGCCUGGGAAGACCCCUCAAAAUGGGUAAUUGAUACCUACCCAUGGAGUUCUGCAUCUGUGCAACAUGAAUGGCAGUCAUUGCUUCAGUUGCGCCCUGAGGAUGUUGGUUAUGAAGGAUAUGCUUCAACUAAAGAAGUAGGAUCUUCAAAGCAAGUUUCACAAAGUGACACAGAAGGCGACCCACUGAUGAGCAUGUUGAUGAGACUACAAGAAGCUGCUAAUUAUUCAAGCACACAGAGCUGUGAUAGUGAUAGUACUGGCCAACAUGACGACUUAUUGGACUCAUCGUUGGAAUCCACUUUGUAGAGCCAUGUCAAAAAAAAAUACAGGGUAGAAGAGUAAACGCAGUAUACAUGAAUGAAAAAAGAAAAACAGUUUCCACAGAACCACUGCCAGUACUAGCAUAAAGUGCUCCAUAGGACCGUACCUGGGCAUGGAGUUUUUGCCAGGUGGGCAGUUUCUCUAAAAUGGAGAAGCAGAGUCAAUUUGAACGCUUCAGAUUAAUUUAAUUUCCAUAGUGAUUGGAAAUGUGUAGUAAGUGACAGGACUCCAUUCAUCAACUGGAAAAAAGCCAGUUCAAAAAAAGGCACUUAAAACAACUGGCUGCACUUACAGUGAACUGAAACCAAACUGGGAAUUUUUUGGAGCAGGGGAGGGUGUCCCUUUUUUCUUUCUUCUUUUACCACAGUCGUCUGCAAAGUUUACAUGGCAAUUCAUAUUGUUUUUACUGAGGUGCUGUCAAUCUUUGAGUCUUUGCAGUUCUACUCCUAUUCUGACCUCAGAUGAGCCAUACGGUGCUGGUCACAUGACAAACUGGUCUUUAGUUUACACCAUCACCCAUUCCGAGAUCCAUGAGGCAUACUAAUAUUAAGCACAGUGGCACUGUGCAAAUCCAGAAAACCACUACUGUGACACACUGGACAAGUGCCAAUCUUUACCUUCUGACAACUGCCAAGUGCAUUGAGCUUUGUGAACCCUUGCUCACUGGGUUGUUCGCUAAUGGACACCAUUACUACUAUAUAUAUUUUUAUGUUUAUUUGUUUUCUCAUUUUGAUAAUUUAUGAGAGAUGUGGUAUGCCAGUCAUCCACCCAAUCAGAUUUAUAGCAUUAUACCAAUGGAAAGCUGCUAAAGACUGUAUUUUAGCAUUGUAUGUGCGUGUGUGAGCGUGUGUGUUUUUUUAAAACAUAAACAAGAAGGGAACAUAUUUGAUAAUGGUGCUUUCUUACUGCCUUAAGGUUCCUAUUAUAUCAAAACCAGAAACAUUAAUUUCAGCAAUGUUUUCUUUUCUUUUUAUAUACAGGCAUGCAUAUACUAUAUAUAUAUAUAUAUAUAUAUAUAUAUAUAUAUAUAUAUAUAUAUAUAUAUAUAUAUAUAUAUAUACACGUACACACACAAUGGAUACAGUAUAUGUAAUGUGCGUAUAUACAGUGUAUAUACUGUGUACACACACACAUAUACUGUAUAUAGGUAUACAAAUCAGAUUCAUUGGAUUUUGUUUUUUUUUUUCAAAUUACAGUGUUUUCAUAAAGGCUAAAAGAGAGUGAGAUUAUAUCUUUGUGAUAAACUGCCUACUGAUGGUAAAUGGAAAAGAAAAAAAUGCAGGAUUUAACAGAACCCACAUCUGCCAGGUGAUACAAUAUGUUUUUAUGUUUUGUUUUGUUGUUUUACUUUGAUUAGGAGCCAAAAACAUAGAAAUCAAAAUGAUAAAUUACUUCAAAAACGUGAGUGUUGAAAAUGAGAGGUAAAGUUCAGUACAAUGCCCAGCUGAGCUGGCACACUUGAAUCAGCAUGAGCACAAGUUUUGAUUUUAUAGCUUGAGAGCAUGUUGUAUGAAUAUUCUCAAUGUAAAUGAAAAUAAGAAUUUAAAGAAAAAAUAACUGCAGAACAAUGAAAUUUGAUUAAAACAAACAGAAACUCAUUGUAUUUUCAUCUAUUAAAACAAACAAAAAAAAAAGUAAAAGUGGGUUAGUUUUGCACAGAAAAAUUGGGUGGGAUAAAUUGUAAAUAUAAAGUCUUGCACAGUGAAAUGAUAAAGCAUUCUGCCCUAUUGAUGUUAACACCUGCUUAACUUGCUGAGAUUUCUUGUACUUUGUAAAACUAAAAAAAAAAAAUUAAAAACUGCAGACUUACGAGCUAGUAGACCCAGCAUCUGUUGUCCUGUAAUAACUGGUUGUUUUGCCUAUGCAGGAGCUUCAAACUAUAUAGAAGCAUGUGCCAGUAUGAAUACAUUAAGUUAAAUAAAAAAAAGUGCAAACACUGUUAUUAUGAAUGCCAUGCAUAUUUUUAAUACAUCUGUUAAAGAAAUGAAGCAAAAAAUCUGAAAUUUUUAAACCAAGCAAAAUAUGAGUGCUAUAUAUA